CAGCCCCUGGUUUUGUCUCGAUAAUGGUAUCUCUAUCUUUUUUUCCCUGUUUUAUAUCUCAUUCUUUCUCCUUAAUCCCAUUUUCAUUACCAGAUUCAGAUUUUGAUUUCGUGAACAAAGUCUCUGUCUUUCGGUGAGGGGGUUUGUGAGAUUCAUGGGGUUUGAAAUGAAACCAGAGAAAGAUGUUUUGAGUAAAGAUCAAUGUAAAGUUAAAAGCCCUAAUCCAAACUCUGUUAAUUCACCUCAUAUCAAAAAGAAGAAGAAGAAGAAGAAGAGGGGGAUGCGACGGAAGAGGAGUGAUUCUCCGGCGUAUGAGAUCACUCCGGUGCGGCGGCUGUUUGAUACCUGCAAGGAAGUGUUCUCCAAUGGCGGCCCUGGAGUCAUUCCUUCUGAAGAUAAAAUCCAACAGCUACGAGACAUUCUUGAUAAUAUGAAACCAGAGGAUGUCGGGUUAGCUCCGACCAUGCCGUAUUUCCGACCAGACUACGGACCAGAGGAUGGGUCUUCGCCACCAAUAACGUACCUGCAUCUACACCAAUGCGAACAAUUCUCGAUUGGGAUUUUUUGUUUGCCGCCUUCGGGUGUCAUUCCUCUUCAUAACCAUCCAGGGAUGACAGUUUUUAGCAAGCUUCUCUUUGGUACAAUGCACAUCAAGUCCUAUGAUUGGGUGGCUGAUGCUCCAAUGAGGGAUCCGAAAACCAGGCUGGCGAAACUGAAGAUGGACUCAGCGUUAACCGCACCAUGCAACGCCUCCAUUUUGUACCCGGAAGAUGGUGGGAACAUGCAUAGGUUCACAGCCAGAACAGCGUGCGCGGUUCUAGACGUGCUUGGCCCUCCUUAUUGCAAUCCAGAAGGCAGACAUUGUACUUACUUCCUAGAGUUCCCUUUGGACAACUUCUCAUCAGAAAGAGAUGACGUUUUGAGAGGUGGAGUUGAGAAAGAAGGUCAUGCAUGGUUGCAAGAAAGAGGUGAUAAUCCAGAGGAUCUUAACGUAGUUGGAGCUUUAUACACAGGCCCAAAGGUUGAGGAUUGAGAGCUUUUCUAUCUAUUGCACUUUUCAGAUUUGGAAUCAGUUUUUUUUUAUUUGUUGGACUUCUUAGUUUAAAUUCUUCUUUGUACAUAAAAAAGGAAAGGGAAACGAGAAAAAUAAUAUAUAUUUUCUA